UAGCUACAAUACUGUUUAUAUAUAUAUACACUAAAUAUAAACAAAUAAAUAGUAUUGCAGUUUGUCUGACGUUCAGCAACCUGACAAACAAAAUAAAUAUCAGAUAAAUACUAACAAUAAAUAAAAAAAAAACCGGAGGCCUCAGACUGAAAUUUCGUUACCAUAACACAGCGAUAUGUUUUUGUGCAAUGACGAAGUCGAAGUCUAAUAGUUUGAUGUACAUUAAAACGUGUGAAAUGACCAAUAGGUGGCAGUGCUGCCGUCAAAGUAGCUUCGAAUGGACGGGAGAAGAAGACUUCCGCAAAGAUGGCGGAGCUCAGGUCAAGUUGUAGUAGAGGAGCUAAUGCUGCUAAUCUGUUAUUUAACCAGUAUCUCCAAGGGACUUUGAGGAGUCGUGUUCCACACGUCGCGGCUUCUCUCUCUGCGUCGACCUGCGUCGCGGAUGUUGAGCACCGACGAGUGGACGGAGCUACGGAGGUGACCGCUGAAGUUUCGCCGCCAGGCUGUUACACAAGUCGGGGUUGUAAACACGGCACCGGGUGUCGGUGCGCUGGCCACUUUCUGUCGCCAAGAAGUGCCGAGGCUCGCGCUUUGUUGUUUAUACGCGCCUACAGUGGCAACGGGACCAGAGAGGCGCCUUUGUACCGAAGUAAAACAGCCUAUUAUGAGAUUCUGGAGGUGCCGCCGACUUCCACUCAAGCCCAAAUCAAAACCGCCUACUACAAACAGUCCUUCAUCUACCACCCGGACAGAAACGCCGGGAGCGACGAGGCGACCGCACGGUUCUCCGAGAUCAGUGAAGCCUACACGGUUCUGGGCAACAAAGGGCUCCGGAAGAAGUAUGACCGCGGUCUCCUGAGCCAGAUGGACCUCACCUCUGCAGCCAGACCUCACACCAAAGACAGCAGUUCGGGUCCGACUAAAUCGCCAAGCGGCGGUCGCCACUCGGUGAUGGGGACGGGGAAUCCGAGUGACAUGUUCAACUUUGACAAGUUCUACAAGUCCCACUAUGGGGAGCAGCUGCAGAGAGAGCAAGACCUCAGGUUCCGCAGGGAGCAGCUGUUGAAGAAGAAACAGGAAUCAGUCGGGGAGAAGAAGGCGGACGAUAUUGUGGAGGCGGCUGCUCUGUUCGCACUCAUCGUCGCUUCCAUUUUACUCAUGGGAUUCCGAUAGAACCAUAUUGGACUCCGUGGUUCUGUAACCGACUGUGUGGAUAACACAUCUCCACCAUCAACAGACAGCUGGAGCAGUCAGUGGUGGAAUCAUUCAUGCUAUUCCCGGACACUAAACAUCUCAGGCUCCCAUUAAACUGUUAAGCAUGUGCCACGUCCCGGCACGUUCGACCAGAACUGACCUGUGACUCACGCUAAUAUGAUUUUAACUGAAAUGUUCAUUGAAGAAAUCAAGGAUGUUGAAAUGUUUUAAAGCUGAUAUUAAAACUCUGGGAUUGUAUCAUUUAUACAUGCAGUUUAGUGUGUUUCAGACUUUUAUUUUCAACUGGCAGUGGUGUCUGAAUGUAACUUAAAAAAAAGGGACAGAGAAUAAGAUGAGGUGACUAUCAUUUAACUGGUAUUAUAUUGUGUUUGUUUUUCUUUCAACGCUUCUGACACUGGCACUCAAUUUAAGCACGUCAGAUUUUAAUUCAUGCCUUAUAUUUGGGUUGUGUCACUAACUGUUGUCCAAAUCCACCGGUUCUUUCAGGCCAAAUCUAACCAUUUAGUUUUUUAUUUUGUUGAUGUUCAAAUAACCAACGUUCAGGAGUACAGUCUGUCAGUAUUAGAAUAAAGACUGAUGGUUGAAAUGCUUCACAAAAUUAUAUUGAAUAUAUUUAUUGCAUUUUCAGUUCAUACAUGAAAUGAUGGAAUAUAAUAUUUAGGUGUGUCUAAGUGAACUAUGUGAAAAUAUCUGCUUUUCGCUGCAUAGGCUGCAGUGGGGGUUGAUUUAGGAUCUUUAUUUUACUGUUAAAGUCCGUUUGGCUUUCAUGAAGUCAACUGUCUGCAGAUUGCUGUAUAAAUGUUGAUCCUAUUUGUGCAAAAUGUGUAAAGAUCUACUUGAAUGGCAGUCAUGGGAGCAAACCAGUAGAAAGAAUGUGCCUUUAUUUAUUUUACAGACAUUAAAG